AUGCCGUCCAUGUACGAUCGCAUCCGUGAGGACCUGACCCUUAAGGAGCAGGCCCUCUGGACCGCCCUGACUUCUGCCGACCCCGGCCCCGCCGUCGAGAAACUCACCAACCCCGAGGGCGUCCUCAUGUUUCCCCAAAUGCCAGAGAUCCUGUCAAUGAAGGACAAGGACCGAUUCCGUGAAGCCAUGGCACCUCCCUUCCACCGUUUCGACGGGUACCAGUUUGACGAUGUCAAAGUCAUCAUCAUCGACUUGAUGGCCGGUGCCGUGACUUACAAGAUUCGCGCCGUUCGUGGCAAGAGAGAAUAUCGCGCCACAUGCUCCUCGACUUGGGGCCAGGGGUCGGAUGGUGAAUGGACCUUGUUCUCUCACUCCGAGACGUUGCAGUAA